AUGGCUGACUCCAAAAAAUCCGUGGAAACGGGCGAAGUGCUCACAGAGAAGAAUGGCGAUGUCGAAAAGUACGGAUCCGAUGGCACUACCUCCGGGAACGAGAUUGCAGAGGACGACAGCAAGUAUCCCAGUGGCGCAGUCUUGUGGUCUAUCCUCGCGCCUGUUACGAUUGCAUACUUUCUCGUCUUUCUCGACAUGUGUGUGGUGUCUACUGCAACGCCCGCUAUUACGGCGCGAUUCAAUUCUCUGAUUGACGUGGGUUGGUAUGGUGGCGCGUAUCAGCUUGGGAGUUCGGCUCUCCAGCCGCUCACUGGCAAGAUUUACAGCCAUUUCAAUAUCAAGUGGUCAUUCCUCGUAUUCUUUUUCAUCUUCGAAGUUGGAUCUGCUAUUUGUGGAGCGGCCGUCUCGUCGCCAAUGUUUAUCGUCGGCAGAGCGAUUGCUGGUGCCGGAUCGUCUGGUAUUGGAAACGGUGCCCUGACCAUCAUCUCGGCUGUGCUACCUCCUAGGAAGCAAGCUCAAUUCCUGGGUAUCAACUUGGGCAUUGGGCAGCUCGGUAUUGCUUUGGGGCCCAUCAUUGGCGGUUCGUUCACCCAAAAUGUCACAUGGCGAUGGUGCUUUUACGUCAACCUUCCAAUUGGCGGUGCUCUGGCCAUUCUUCUGCUUUUCGUUAACAUCCCCGAGACGAUAAACAAGCUGCCCCCGAGACAAGUCCUCGGCACAGCCUUCAAAUCUCUGGAUCUUCCAGGCUUCUUCCUCAUCAGCCCCGCGGCUGUCAUGUUUUUGCUUGGAUUGCAAUACGGUGGCACCUUGCACCCAUGGAACAGCUCUGUUGUCAUUGGCCUUUUGGUCGGCGCUGGCGUCACAUUCAUCGUCUUCCUCGUCUGGGAAUACUACCAAGGCGACAACGCCAUGCUGCCAUUUGCCAUGAUCAAGAAGCGUAUUGUCUGGUCUGCUGCAGCCAAUCUGUUCUUCCUUCUUGGAGCUAUUUUGGUGGCUGAAUAUUAUCUCGCGAUUUACUUCCAAACCGUACUCGACAACACCCCCAUCAUGAGUGGUGUGCACUUGCUGCCGACGACGCUGGGAUUGGUCCUUUUCACCAUGCUUUCUGGAAUGUUCACUGAGAUCUUUGGAUAUUACCUCCCCUGGAACUUGGGAGGGAGUUCCUUUGCCGCCAUUGGUUAUGGCCUCAUGUCUAUGAUAAAGCCUACAACUUCGUCCUCGAAAUGGCUUGGAUACCAGGUUCUCUAUGGUGUUGGCAGUGGUGCUAUGAGCUCGGCGCCCUACAUCGCUAUUCAAAAUCUUAUCCCACCUCCACAAAUCCCUAUUGCCAUGGCCAUCAUAAUCUUUUGUCAAAAUAUGGGAGGUGCAGUCUUCCUUGUUGCUGCCAACACCAUCUUCACCAAUGGCCUACGGAAAGAGCUCCAAAAGCACAUCAACGAGAUCGGCGUCAACCCAGACAUCAUUCUCAGUACCGGAGCCACCACCAUCCGAAGCAUCGUUACCGGCGAUAGACUCACAGCCGCUCUCAAGUGCUAUACCACGGCAAUUAGCCAUGUCAUGUAUCUCGGUAUCGGAGUCAGUGUCGCCACCUUUGCUUUUGGCUGGGGCUUGGGCUGGGUUGAUAUCCGGAAGGUGAAGCAGCUACAGGCCAUUAAGGCGGACCCUUCUCCAGCUGCGCCUGAGAGCAAAGAUAAUGAGGAUUUGGCCGCCGAGUAA